CAACAAACACAACUAAAUAUGUCUUUUGCCCACAAGGAAAACUCUAAAAUCUUGGUCCUCUUCGAUGUCGACGGUACCUUGACCCCAGCCAGAUUGGUCAUCUCCGAUGAAAUGAGACAAACUUUGAAGAAGUUGAGAGAAAAGGUCGUUAUUGGAUUUGUUGGUGGUUCUGACUUGGCUAAGCAAGUUGAACAACUUGGUCCUACUGUCUUGGAUGACUUCGACUACUGUUUCUCCGAAAACGGGUUGACUGCUUACAAGCUUGGUAAGGAAUUGGCUUCUCAAUCUUUCAUUGGAUGGAUUGGUAACGAAAAGUACAACAAGCUCGUCAAGUUUGUCUUGAGGUACUUGUCUGAAAUCGACAUUCCAAUCAGAACUGGUACCUUUAUCGAAUUCAGAAACGGUAUGAUCAACAUUUCCCCAGUUGGAAGAAACGCUUCUACUGAACAAAGAAACGAAUUCGAAAAAUACGACAAGGAACACAAGAUAAGAGAAACUUUGGUCAACGUCUUGAAGGAAAACUUUGCCGACUACGGUUUGACUUACUCCAUCGGUGGUCAAAUUUCCUUUGAUGUUUUCCCUACUGGUUGGGACAAGACUUACGCCUUGCAACACGUUGCUGACGAACACUUUGAAGAAAUCCACUUCUUUGGUGACAAGUCUUACAAGGGUGGUAACGAUUACGAAAUCUACACCGAUGAAAGAACCAUUGGUCACGCCGUUAACUCUCCAGAAGACACUAUCAAGAUUUUGAACGACCUCUUCAAGUUGUAAAUUGAAUAUAACUAUUAAUUGAUAAAGUAU